AUGGUGGGGAGCAUUGAGGCAAUGAAUGGAAGUUUGCGCUCAAAUGGGUCUGUUCAGAAUUUCAAUGGUUUGGAAGAGAAGCUUGAUGAGCUACAGCGCAUUGUAGGCAAGGUUGAUGGCGAUCCGUUAAGAAUUGUUGGUGUUGGUGCAGGUGCGUGGGGCAGUGUUUUUGUAGCUGUUUUGCAAGAUAGCUAUGGUCAUUUUCGGGACAAGAUUCAAAUAAGGAUAUGAAGAAGAGCAGGAAAGGCUGUGGAUAGAGCCACAGCUGAACAUCUUUUUGAAGUAAUCAAUUCCAGGGAGGAUGUGUUGAGGAGGCUGAUCAGGCGCUCCGCGUAUUUGAAAUAUGUGGAGGCAAGGCUAGGGGACCGGACACUUUAUGCAGAUGAGAUUUUGAGAGAUGGGUUUUGCUUGAACAUGAUUGAUACACCACUUUGUCAACUGAAGGUGGUGACCAAUUUGCAGGAGGCUGUUUAGGAUGCCAAUAUUGUGGUAAAUGGCUUGCCUUCAACUGAAACACAAGAGGUGUUUGAAGAGAUGAGUAAUUAUUGGAAGGAAAGAAUCACAGAUCCCAUUAUCAUCUCUUUGGCCAAAGGAAUUGAGGCUGCACUCAAGCCUGUUCCACAUAUUAUAACCUCCACGCAGAUGAUUUACCGAGCAACCGGCCCUGCAAUGGAGAACAUACUUUAUCUGGGCGGACCAAAUAUUGCCUCAGAGAUCUACAACAAGGAAUAUGCAAAUGCUCGAAUAUGUGGAGCUGAGAAGUGGAGAAAACCUCUGGCAAAGUUUUUAAGGCAACCCUAUUUUAUUGUCUGGGACAACAGCGACUUUGUAACGCAUGAAGUCAUGGGUGGUUUAAAGAAUGUAUAUGCCAUUGGAGCAGGGAUGAUAGCAGCCCUCACAAAGGAGAGUGCUACCAACAAAUCUGUAUAGUUCGCACAUUGUACCUCAGAGAUGAUAUUUAUAACUCAUUUGUUGGCAGAAGAGCCUGAGAAGCUUACAGGGCCUUUGCUGGCUGACACAUAUGUUACCUUAUUAAAAGGAAGAAAUGCAUGGUAUGGGCAAAUGUUAGCCAAAUGUGAUAUCAACCGGGAUAUAGGUGAGAACAUCAGUGGAAAAGGAAUGGUCCAGGGUGUUUCUGCAAUCCAAACAUUUUAUGAACUUCUCAGUCAAUCGAGCCUGAAUGUGUUGCAUCCUGAAGAAAACAAGCAUGUUUCUCCAGUAGAGCUCUGCCCCAUCUUGAAGACACUUUAUAAAAUAUUGCUAACAAGGGAGCAAUCAUCACAAGCUAUUCUUCAAGCAUUGAGGGAUGAGAAUUUAAAUGAUCCAAGGGAGCGCAUUGAGAUUGCGCAGAGCCAUGUCUUCUAUAGGCCUUCACUUCUCGGGCAGCCUCUGAAUAAUUUAAAAUUGCAAGAAAGUGGUAACAUAACUCUAGAAGCAUCAACUAAUCGUAUUCUUGGAUUGCAUUGGUGA